CUGCCGGCACGCCCCCUCACGCUCUGGCCUGGCCCUCGCGCGGGGUUUGAAGACGGACCCCGCCUGCUGCUGCGGGCCCACGGGUUUCCGCCGGUGGCGCGGGUUUCUGAAAGUAAAAGGACGGAGACGUGAAGGCCUCACGAGGCCCAAGGAGCAGAGAGAAGGGAGUCAAAGGCGGGCCCCGUCAGACCUCCGGGAGGAAAGGGAGUAGGCCGCGACCCGCGCUGGAGAAUAUAUCAACACAAUUGAGCACGAAAUUCACCAAAUUUCAAGAGCUUCAUGAUAUCCACGUUAAGAACUAGCCUGCUCCCCAACAUUUUUGCUCAUUCAGAGUUGUCUCAGAGGUGGCAGAAUUUGAUCUGGGCCUUGAAGAGGAAGAAUUUGGGAAAAGCAAGUGAGGCAUUCCAGUCUUCUAGGAUGAACCUGUUUUUCCUUCCCGGGAACGUAUCAUUUGCCAGUGAGUUUGUGUUGUUGGAAGGUUUUCUGCUAAAAUUCAAGAGAAUAUUUAUCGACAUGAUAAGCACAAGUACUGGAAAGGCAUCGCGAAAGGAUAGGAUUUAGUUUCCCGUAACUUCUGAACCAAUGGAGAGAAAAUGGGAAGCAAAACUGAAGCAAAUUGAAGAACGAGCAGCUUGUUAUGAGAGGAAACCAUUGUCCUCAGUAUACAGACCGAGAUUGUCCAAGCCAGAAGAACCACCUUCCAUUUGGAAACUAUUCCAUCGGCAAACUGAAGCCUUUAAUUUUGUUAAAAGCUGUAAAGAGGAUGUUCAUGUAUUUGCUUUGGAAUACAAAGUGGGUGAUGGACAACGUAUUUACCUGGUAACAACCUACACUCAACUUUGGUUUUACUAUAAAUCCCGAAAAAAUCUCUUACACUGCUAUGAAGUCAUUCCUGAAAACGCUGUGUGCAAGCUUUAUUUUGAUUUGGAAUUUAACAAACAUGCGAAUCCUGAAGCUGAUGGGAAAAAGAUGGUUGCGUUACUCAUCGAGCAUGUUUGUAAGGCACUUCAAGAGCUAUAUAGGGUUAACUGUUCAGCCGAAGAUGUUUUCAACUUGGAUUCUAGCACCGAGGAAAAAUUUAGCCGCCAUCUAAUAUUUCAGCUCCAUGAUGUGGCAUUUAAAGAUAACAUUCAUGUUGGUAAUUUUGUGAGAAAAAUAUUGCAGCCUGCUUUUCACUUAAUUGCCAGUGAAGACGAUAGUAUUUCAGAGAAAACGGGCCAUGGGUUUUCCCAUUUUUCUGAAACCCCAAUUAAACAAGGAAUUUCCUUUGGCAAAAUGUCCCCAGAUCAGUAUGGAGGAGAGAGCUGGACAUUGAAUUCAAAGGAACUGGAGAGGCUGGGGUCAGCCAAGCAAAGCAGUCCUGAUCUUUCGUUUUUAGUUGUGAGGAAUAACACAGGAGAAAAGCAACUUUUUGUAGACCUGGGAGUUUAUACAAGAAAUAGAAACUUUCGGCUGUAUAAAUCAUCGAAGAUAGGGAAGCACGUGGCUUUGGAGAUUGCUGAAGAUAACAAGUUUUUUCCUAAACAUUCGGAGACUGUAUCUGAAGAAAAUCAAUGUUUCCUGUCUUCUUUGGUCAGCAAUGUCAGAUUCUCAGACACUUUACGAAUUCUGACAUGUGACACAUCUCAAAAUAAAGAAAAACGCAUUGAAUGUUUUAGCAGCACCAACACUAAAGCAGAAAACAUCGAGGGUUUUCAUUGUUCGCCCUACCCUGAAAUUGAUCAAUUUGUUCUUUCUUUGGUGAAUAAAAAUGGCAUUCAAGGAGGAAUUCGGCGUUGGAGCUACUUUUUCCCAGAAGAGUUACUGGUUUAUGAUAUUUGUAAAUAUCGCUGGUGUGAAAACAUCAGAAGAGCGCACAAGAGCAAUAAUAUCAUGAUUUUGGUUGAUCUGAAAAAUGAAGUUUGGUAUCAAAAAUGUCAUGACCCUGUAUGUAAAGCAGAAAACUUCAAAUCGGACUGUUUUCCAUUACCUGCUGAAGUUGGUCUCCUGUUUCUGCUCAAGGAGGAAGAAGAGUUCACAGCGACUGAAACAAUGAACAGUGAAACCGAGAAUCCUCAUAAACCACCAUCUAGUACGUUGUCAAAAGGUGUAGCUUCCGAUGCUGACUGGGAUAAUGGCAUUGAUGAUACUUAUUUUUUGGAAGCUACCGAAGAUGCUGAAUUAGCAGAAGCUGCAGAGAAUGGUCUUCUCAGUUAUUAUAGUGGAGUGGAUGAAAUUCCUGAUGAACUAAUUUUGCAAGUAUUGCAAGAGUAAUUAACUCUGGACUGGUAUAUAAGUAGGCUGUAAUUUUGCCUGAAGGUGGUUUAGUAACAUAAAUAUACUAAGUUAUAGUAACUUUUUAUUAAAACCGUCUGUAUCAACUAAGUUUUAUCACUCUGCUUCUCAUUUCUUGUUUUUUACUGAAGUAAGCCAGUUUUAUUGAAAAUUAGCUUUGAAAUCAUAACUGACCAGAGUUGGUAUAUGUUCAUAUCAGCUUAAUUUUGCAUGUUUAUAUAUGUUAAAACUCUUAUUAAAAAUUUUUUUUAAAUUGA